UCAGUUGAAAUGAAUGCUUUUUUAAAGAAAACUAAUAAGUGUUUGUAUUUGUACACAAAAAAUACGUCGACAAUGGGAUUUAACCGGUACAAAAGUAUUGAUGGAAGUGGUAGAUUUGGUAGAGGUUCAAUUGGAGACUCAGAUGAAAACAAACACGAAGCUUCCUCAGAAGAACAACAUUUUUAUAAAGAAAAUAAGUUUCGAGUUGAAAAACUAAAACAAAUUAUUUCGUAUCGGAAUAAACAGAUAAAUGAACACAUCGAGGACAUUAUCAAAAGUAUAAAAGAGUUUAAAGAUAAAUGACACCUUAUAUACUAUUUUCAUUAAUAUUUCAUUCGAACACUAAGGAUAAUCAUAGUG